AUGGGAAUUGAGGCAAAGAAUGUGAAAUCACAUCAAGGUGACAAUGAAGUGCAUAUAUCUGUGCUAGACUUUGUUGGAAAAAACAGUCUCAAGGUUAAUAGAAAAAACACAAUUGAGCUUCUCAAGGCUAUGGUUGAAAGCAAGACUCAAGUCUCACUAAAUGAGCAAGCACUUCAACUUGAAGAUGGUAGAAACCUGGACAGUUACGAAAUCAAGGAAAAUUCCCAACUGUGGAUGUUGGCUCCAUGCUUGAAGAUAUUUAUUAAGAUGUCACAGGGUUGCAUUUCUACAGAUAUCAAGGAAAAAAUUUGGGAUAAGAUGGGGAUUGCAGAAGAUAGAAAAACCCUCAUUUAUUUUGGAAGAUCCCUUUAUGAUGAUGAAACUCUAGCAGCUUAUAACCUCCAAAAUAAUUCUAUUGUUCAUGCAUUGUUUGGCUGCAAAGAUGGAAGCCAAGUGUUGAAGUUAUUUAUCCAUGAUAAGAGAAUGAACUUACCUUUCAACUCAUGGUGA